AUGAAAAAAGACGGAGAUAACUCUUUGGUAUUGUCGUCUAAGAAACCUCAUCUAGCCAAGACCAACAAUGGACUGGAGCUGGAAACAUUACGUGCUGCUGUGGAAGUAGAGGAGGAGCAAACAGACCAGACCAUCCCUGUGGAGCUAAGGCACCUACAGGAACCGCUGAAGUCUGUUAGGCAAGUGACUUCAAGACAUGUGUGCCAAAAAAAGAGACACUCCAGCAGUCAGCGGUGUCCCUUUAAUGGCAGUACCAUUGAUACGUUCAGCUCCGCACGCAAAACACAAAAAAAUCUGGAGCAGCUGUUGCUGAUGUUGUCUGGAAAGCUAAAUAGUGAGCAGGAAGUCUCUAAAUUACAAAGGCAAGAAUUGGAGCUAGAAAAAGCCGUCAUACUGUGCCACCUGUUAGAAACCCACCAAGAUUUUUUGCACAAAAGACAAAUUGCAAGACAUUUAACCCAAAAUAGCAGCAGCAUCAGUCAGAUCGUGCCUCAGUUGACCCACUCUAGGACCUCGCAGCGUGGAUCCAAAACUGCCUCUUGUUCAUCCCAAAAGAAAACCAAACCGGACCAUUCGAUACAACAGUCAGCAAGCAAUGACUUGUUGGGAGUGGACGCCUGUACUGCAAGUGUGGAAGUGGACACCUGUUGGAGCAGUGCUCUAAAAAUCUGUCACCCUCAUAACACUCCCCAUGCACAGUGCAACGACCAGCUAUCCUACCACACACAGUCCACUGGGUCAGACGAGUCCCCUCCCUUCAAAUGUGUGGACACAAACAUGGAGAAUGGUGCAGACUACCGGUUUCUGGUACGACAGAACUUUGAACUCUUGCGAGCUCUGGAUGAGCUUAAGAAGACAUGCAACAUACUGAGGGAGGAAAAUUGCCUAUUGCGAAGGAGCAGUGCUCCAGAAACAGAGGAGAAGGUCAGGCGGCUGAGGAGGAAGAACACCGAAUUGGCGGUGCUUGCCAAAAGGCUAGAAGAGAGGGCCCGGAAAUUACAGGAUGCUAACCUCAAAAUGGUGAGUUCUUCCUCACUGAUCAGACCCGGAUCAGUGGAACAGUACAAGAGGGCUUUUGCACGACAGCGAGCACGUGACCUGGCCCAACAUGCGGACGCACUAUUGUGCAAGGAUAAGGAGAUCGCUGCACUGCAGCAUGACUUGAGGGAACUGGAGGCACGACUGGGCUCUGCCAAAGGUUCCCCUGUGCAGCAGGACAGAGUGGAAUUUGAGAAACUUCUCCGGGAGUCUCAGAGAGAAGUUCUUCGGCUCCAAAGGCAGCUGGCCAUCACCUCAACCGGGCAGCACCAAAACCACAAUCCUGAUCCUGGUGGUCCAGAGAAGGCACUUGCUAAGGUGGAGGUUGUGCAAGAGGAGGUUGUACGAGAGACCCCGCGUGUGCCAUUAGAUGAAUCUCUAUCGACGUGUGAGAGGACUCCUGGAGAGGAGGAGGAGGAGUCGGGCCUGCCAGUGACGCCCCACGUGGGCCUCGGCCUCACCCCCUCCCAUCAGGACAAAAAUUCAGAGAAGAAUCUUCAGUAUCUGGAGAGUGAGCUGACAAAGAAGAGAAAAGAAUGUGAACAUUGUGAGCAUGAAGCAAAGAAGCGGCAGAAAAAAUGCCUUGAUUUGGAAAGCCAGCUUGAGGAUGAGAAAAGCAAAAAUGAGAAAUUAAAGGAGGAGGCAGAUCUCCUCAGGAGGAAGGCACAGCUGCUCGACCAGACUCGAGUUGAGAAUGAGGAGUUGAGGGAAGAACUCUCUAAAGUGACCGCUCAACACAAUUCAGUUCUCGAGGAGAACCAGAGACUCUGUGCCAAACUGGAGAACUUAGAGCAGGUCCUAAAGCAUAUGCGAGAGGUCGCUGAGCGAAGGCAGCAGUUAGAAUUGGAACAUGAGCAGGCUCUGGCUAUCCUUAAGUUCAAGCAAGAUGAAAUCAAACGGUUACAGCGGGCUCAAUUGUUUGCCAAGAGGGAGCAUGAAGGCGUGGUCCAGAUGUUGGAGGAGUUGACUCAGCUUGUGUUGCGGAGGGAGCUGUCGAAGGUGCGAGAUCUGGAGGAGAAGUGUCGUAGCCAGAGUGAACAGUUUGGCUUGUUGUCCCGAGAGUUGGAGAAGUUCCGACUGCAGGCCUCCAAGACGGACCUUGCUGGCGCCGGCCUUCUUAACCACCCCAGCCUCUCUGUUUUGACAAAUGGAGUGGGCCUGUCUACAGAGCGAGACUGCACAGAUGGCUCAUGGGAUAUGGAGUCUCUGAGUGAAAUAGCCUUCUGGAGUCUCGAGGGAGGUGACACUCUCUCAUGCCCUGAGGAUGUGGCUGCUGCACUACGUUUGGGGACCACUCCUCAUGCCGCAGGGCUCUCCAGGGUGGAGCGUUCGCCGAUCACCAAGCAUCGAGAACUUCCCACAAUUAGUGUCAGCAAGUCAUCCUCCAGCAAGUCUGAGACCGCAAACAUCACCCCGAAGUCAGACACCCACCUUAGUCCGCACAAAUCAAGCCCAACUCAUGAGGUGGACACAGCCAGUGAGGUGGAGGAGCUGGAUGUUGACAUGGCCCCUGCACCUUACGCUGCCAGCAGAGGAGCGUCAAAACUCCAGGUUUUUAUUGCACGAUACAGCUAUAAUCCUUAUGAUGGCCCCAAUGAUAACCCUGAAAUGGAGCUACCACUCACUGCUGGAGAGUACAUCUAUGUGUAUGGAGGCAUGGAUGAUGACGGCUUCUAUGAAGGCGAGUUGGUAGAUGGAAGGAGAGGGCUGGUCCCCUCUAAUUUUGUGGAACGCGUAUCGGACGAUGAUGUCAUGGGUACUCAUCCACCAGAAAUUGGUGACGUUACCCACAACUCCUUGCUAGACAGUAGUUUGCACAGUGCCAGCCACCAGCAUCACCUCCACACAAGUGUCCGCGCCUCAGAUAGGAUAGAGGCCUCUUCUAUCUCUGGCCCUGCCUCAGCCUCUUCCAAUUCGGCCUUGGCUGUCCCAGCCCCCCUCACCAAUGGCCUGGACUUGGAUUUGGAGGAGGUGGGAGUGGACACUGUGCCUUACCCACGUAGGCUUACCCUCAUCAAGCAGCUCGCCAAGAGCAUCAUCAUCAGCUGGGACCCUCCGUUGGUGCCCGCUGGGUGGGGCAAUGUGUGGAGUUAUAAUGUGUACGUGGACCAGGAGCUUCGGCUUAACGUGCCCUUCGGUGCCCAAACCAAGGCAGUACUUGAGAGGCUGGACAUCAACCUCAAGGCCUAUCGGGUAUCUGUACAGAGCCUGACUGAAAAGGGCCUCUCGGACCAGCUCCGCUGCAGUAUGCUCAUUGGUAGGGAUGUUUGUGUGGCCCCUACACAGCUGCGUGUGGACAGGGUCACCGCCACCUCUGCCAACCUGUCUUGGCUACCCAGUAACAGCAACUACGUGCACAUUGUGUCCUUGAACGAGAAGGAAUGUGAGCUGGUCAAGGCUGGCUGCUAUUCGCUGUGCCUCAAUAACCUCUUACCCAGCCUGCAGUACACGGUCAAAGUGGAGGCGCGCCCACACCGUACGCCUUGGGAGUUACCCGCGGAGCGACGAGAACGCAGAAGUGCCAGUAUCAACUUCAGCACACAUACAGCAGGCCCUCCUGAUGCUCCACUUGACGUACAGUUGGACCACGGUCCUUCACCGGGUAUUGCCCUCGUCAGCUGGCUGCCGGUCACUAUCGAUUGCACUGGAACCUCCAAUGGAGUGCGUGUUACAGGAUACACGAUAUAUGCAGAUAAGAAAAAGGUGCUGGAGGUGUCUUCUCCAACAGCUGGUAGUGCUUUGCUGGGCCCCUCUCAGAUCCAGUCCCUCCAGGCAGCUGAGGAGCUCACUGUUCGCACCAUGUCUGUACACGGGGAGUCUUGUGACUCUUUUCCAGUCAACGUCCCCUCUAAGAUAGCUGCUAUUAUGGCCGGGCCAGUCGCAACCGCCCCAGUAGUGCCACCCCUCUCGUGCAAGCCCGUAGGGCCUACCGACCUGUCUUCGUUGCUUACUUUCGGAAACUCUGCUGCCAAAGUCUCCGCGCUGCCCUGCCCGUCACCUCAAGAGAGACAAAUUUCUGGCCUCGCGGUGGAGUCUGCCAACAUCUGUCCUGUCCCGCACUCAGAAGUGUCAUCCGCCUCAUUUGUAAAAGCCUGGGCCGACCCGACGUCUGCUCUCACGGAUACGUGUGAGGCUACAGUACCUGUGACAAAACUCACCACCCCAGUGAUUAACGUGACAUCCCCUACUUCAUCGGCUCCUCAAGCGCCUCCUGUAUUAGCAUCCACACAGACACCAGAGGUGGUGCCAGCGGUCACUUUGGACCCACGCAGAGAUGCAGACAGCCCUGGAACUAUACGUCCCUUUCCAUCCAUAACGGAGUUCAUUGAGGAUCCCUGUGCCAAACUAGGAACGCCGGAGCGUAUCCCCACACCUCCCAAAGCUCCUAUCACUGACCUUCUUAACCCUCUGGACACAUUAGUCCUGCGACCUCCCAGUACGUCUCCACUGGACUCUGAGGUUGAGGAGGAACAAGAGAACAAGCGCUUAGUGUCAAUCGAGGAGUUUUUGAGACAAGACCAGGAUCCAGUUUACACAAGGACGCAACAGAGCUAUGAAAGAGGUUUGGUCGAGCCACCCAGUGACUACCUAGCUGACAACAGCCGCUCAGACCUUUCUGACAUCCUAGAAGAAGAAGAAGAGGAACUUUACUCUGAUCAGCUUGUUGAUGCGCCCGCCAGGGGAUACACAGUUACAGCCAGCAGGUUAACCAAAUCGGAGCCAUCAGACAGCGAUGAAGAUGUUCUUGAGAGGAUCCUCAAGUUACCCCCUCAGGCGUUCCGCAGCAAGCAGCUGUUCAGUAUUCCUGAGGUGACUGAAGAAGAGGAUGGUGGUCGAAAAGAGCCUUUACCUCACCACGUACAGAUUCAAAUGCGACCCAGCCACCUUCAUGCCAGUGAUGCAGAACACCUUGCUCCCACUCCACAGUGUCACCGCCAUUCACAUGUUCCCCCUCAGCACCACCACUUCAAUAGAUCCCUCACCAGGCAAGGACCCUUACAGGUCAAGCCCAAGAUGCAUCACAGAGUCCACUAUUUAGAUACAAUCGACACCAUCGGUCAUCCCAGUGAAAAAGAAGUGCGUUUAUGCGAAGAUCUGACCGACAGGCGAGUAUCGGUCCGAUGUCCUCCGCAGUGUGCCCCCAACAAAGACAGAGCGUUACUCAGAGGGUUAGGGGACCGCCUUAGGAGGGAGGCCAUGCUCCGGAGUCAGAAGGCUGCAGCGACAGCAGCUAACCCAGCCCAUGGUCCUACCCCGCCAAGACCCUACCCAGUCAGUAAAACAGUACACACCGUGAGGUCACCCAUAAGUCGUGGGAUGGAGAUCGAUGUGGAGUACGGCACGGAUGACAAUGAGGAAACGGACGUGUGUGCUUCUGGCGAGGUGGUGCUGGAACAGAUGAGCUCAGAGUGGUGGAUCGAGGGGGCGGAAAUGAAGCACCGAGGACCUUCUUACCGCCAAGGAACAAUGACUGAGUCCUUGGAGCCCACUGUACUACCAAACUCCGGGGCAGGUCCAUCAUGGGGUCAAGACUCUGAACUCUCCUCUAAAUCGAUUGGUUUACAAAGCAGGCAGUUCAAAGGUUCUUUUGAAUCACCAAAGACGAAAGAUGACGCUGAAUUCCGAAUCUUCGUGGCCCUCUUCCCUUAUGACCCUGCCACCAUGUCACCCAACCCGGACGCUGCCGAGGAGGAACUGCCUUUUCGAGAGGGACAGAUCAUUAGAGUUUACGGGGAUAAAGAUUCAGAUGGGUUCUACAGAGGGGAAUCUGGUGGUCGUUUGGGCUAUGUGCCUUGCAACAUGGUGUCUGAGAUCCAGGUGGAAGAUGAAGAAACCCGGCAGGAGCUUCUGCAGCAGGGCUUCUUAACGACACCACCAUCUAUUGAGAAGAUAGGCACUCGCACAUACGCACAGCUUCCACGCCGCCCCGUUCCACCACCGAAACCGAGACGAUCCAAGAAAGUAGAGUCUGCAGCACUCUGGGAGGAGAGCAUAGACUCCUCCAGUCAAGAUCCAAGCGUGGCAGCUGCUGAAAAUGCAGCAAACCCCGACCCAAAAUCUCGUCGGAUGGUCGCCAUCUUUGAUUAUGAUCCACGAGAGAGCUCCCCGAAUACUGAUAUUGAGGCUGAGUUGACCUUUAGCGCUGGGGACAUCAUCCAUGUGAUUGGCGACAUGGACGAGGAUGGCUUUUUCUAUGCUGAAUUGAACGGACAACGAGGCUUAGUACCCUCCAACUUCCUGCAGGCUUUACCGGAAGAUCCUCCAGCCGAUCUUGUCUCAGCUCAGGCAGCACCAGAACACAAGAAGGAAUCACAGGGAAGCUCUUCUAUCGAGCUUGAGGAUCCAGGUCCGUCAACAAGCCAGAAUACUCUGCUGCCACAAACAGAACCCAACCUAACGGAGCGUUCAGAACCACUACCAGAUCUGCAACUGCCCGCAAACACCACAUCAGACCCGGUUCCAGGCCCAGCUCCAGUGAAUGCCUGCUCUGCACAAAGCAAGAAGAAGAAAGGCUUCUUCUCCAAAGGCAAGAAACUAUUCAAAAGGUUUGGCUCCAGCAAGAAAGAAUGA